GGCCCGCGGAGGGAUGGAGCCGACCGGCCCCUGCCGGGCGCAGCUGGUGUCCGCCAACGACUCUUACCAAAACUGUAGCGCCGAGGAAGUGAUCUACCAAGAUGCCACCCCCCUCUCCGGGAAGAUCGUGCUCGCCGUCGUCCUGGCGCUGCUCACCCUGGCCACGGUGCUCUCCAACGCCUUUGUCAUCGCCACGGUCUACCAGACGAGGAAACUCCACACGCCGGCCAACUAUCUGAUCGCCUCGUUGGCCGUCACCGACCUCCUCGUUUCCAUCCUCGUCAUGCCUAUCAGCACCGUGUACACUGUGACCGGCAAGUGGAAGCUGGGUCAGAUAGUCUGCGAUAUCUGGCUGUCCUCGGACAUCACCUGUUGCACGGCGUCCAUCCUGCACCUCUGUGUCAUCGCCCUGGACCGCUACUGGGCGAUCACCGACGCCGUCGAGUACUCCACGAAACGGACUCCCAAGCGGGCAGCGGGCAUGAUCGCACUGGUAUGGAUCUUCUCCAUCUGCAUCUCCAUGCCCCCUUUGUUUUGGCGGCAGGCGAAGGCUGAGGAGGUCUCUCACUGUGUGGUGAACACAGACCACGUCCUCUACACCGUAUACUCCACGGUAGGAGCCUUCUACUUCCCCACUCUGCUUCUGAUAGCCCUUUACGGGAGGAUCUACGUGGAAGCCAGGUCGCGGAUUUUGAAGCAGACGCCAAAGAAAGCAGGUAAAAGACUAACGCGGGCUCAGUUAAUCACGGACUCUCCGGGCUCGACCUCCUCCGUCACGUCCAUAAACUCCAAGGCUCCCGAGGGAUCCAGCGAAACGGGCUCCCCCGUGUACAUGAACCAGGUGAAGGUGAAGGUCUCGGAUGCCCUGCUGGAGAAAAAGAAGCUGACGGCCGCUAGAGAGCGGAAAGCUACAAAGACUUUAGGGAUUAUUUUAGGAGCCUUUAUCGUCUGUUGGCUGCCUUUUUUCAUCAUCAGCCUGGUAUUGCCUAUUUGCAAGGACGCUUGCUGGUUCCACAUGGCCAUCUUUGACUUUUUCACGUGGCUUGGAUAUCUCAACUCCCUCAUCAACCCCGUCAUCUAUACUAUGUCUAACGAAGACUUCAAACAAGCUUUUCACAAACUCAUACGUUUCCGAUACACAGGUUGAGAUGUUGAAUGCGAUGUGUUCUCCGGGGCAGCCCCCAUGCACGCCCGCGCCCGGCGCCACAGAAUCAAGUUGCUAUUGUAAAGACCCACUGCUUGAAACUUCCCCAAGCCCAGUUGCCAGACUCAUGAUGCUGCAAAAACGUCAAUACAUACUGCCACCAAACUGCUCAGCUCUGCGUUUCAGUGUAAUGACUCUGGCAGAGAUGCUGUUCCAAUAGGCACGCAGAUCAGUUGCAAAAAAA